CCUCAUUGUUGUCUUCUCUCAUCACCAGCGUGAUUCGAGUUCCUUCUUCUGCCUCCUCCUCUUCAUCUUCUUCUGCAUUGACACCAAGAUGUCAAUGCGCAGAAGAACUCUCCUCAAGGUCAUCGUCCUCGGUGAUAGCGGGGUGGGAAAGACUUCGUUGAUGAAUCACAACAUAUAUGUGCACAAGAAAUUCAGCAACCAAUACAAAGCAACCAUCGGAGCAGAUUUUGUCACAAAGGAACUUCAGGUUGAGGAUAGGCUUGUAACCCUUCAAAUAUGGGAUACAGCUGGGCAGGAGCGAUUUCAAAGUCUUGGAGUUGCAUUUUAUAGAGGGGCAGAUUGCUGCGUUCUUGUUUAUGAUGUGAAUGUGUUGAAGUCAUUUGACAAUCUUGACAAUUGGCACACAGAAUUUCUUAAUCAGGCAAGCCCCACGGAUCCCCAGACAUUCCCAUUUAUACUACUUGGGAAUAAAGUUGACAUAGAUGGGGGGAACAGCAGAGUGGUAUCUGAAAGAAAAGCCAAGGACUGGUGUGCCGCAAAGGGGAAUAUACCCUAUUUUGAAACAUCUGCAAAAGAGGACAUCAAUAUUGAUGAUGCAUUCUUCUGCAUAGCGAAAAAUGCACUUGCCAGUGAUCGUGCGCAAGACAUUUACUUUCAGAGUGUGCCAAGGGCAGUUUCUGAAGCAGAGCCGCAAAGUGGAGGCUGUGCAUGUUGAGUUGCCUCUGGUUGGGUUCCAUGUAUCAUCAUGUUUCUGAUCUGAGUUGACAACGAUCAGUGUCUUGAAUUUAGUGUUAUUGUAUUUUUCUUUGUUCCAUUAUCUACACUACGCCUCAAACUAGUGCAGCUUUUGAGCUUUCAUGUUGAAGCCAAAGGCGGAGCUACAUGUUUAUCCCAGUGCCGACAAUUCUUUGUUUGAUGCUUUUGAUGUAAAAUUGGAUGUGCCCCUAAUUCAUUUGUAUCUUUUCUUGGGAGA